CCGACGUCAUCAAGAUCAGACAACAUGGCGGCGUCCUGUGUCCGAACCGUGGGAUCGAUUUUAGGAAAAUGUGGAAAUUGCAGCUCGAGCUUAAACACGGUCACGUCGCAGUUAAGUCGGCAGGUCCUCGGCAGGCGGAUAUGUGUGAGCUCUGCCCUCCAGAGAAAGAACCUGGCGGCUGCAGGGCCAGAGAAGUUCACGAUGGAGUUCAUCCAGAAGCAGGUGGAGGAGUUUAACAUCGGGAAACGUCACCUGGCUAACAUGAUGGGAGAGGAUCCCGAGAACUUCAGCCAGGAGGACAUAGAUAGGAGUAUAGCGUACCUGUUCCCCUCCGGCCUGUUCGAGAAGAAAGCCCAGCCCCUCAUGAAGCAUCCAGAGGAAAUCUUCCCGAGGCAGAGAGCUGUCCAGUGGGGUGCAGACGGGCGGCCGUUCCACUUCCUGUUUUACACCGGCAAACAGUCCUACUUCUCCCUCAUGCAUGAAUUGUACGGCAAAACCCUGAAGAUAGAGAAGCACCAAGAUCGUCUGAGAACCAAGGGACUCUUCUCCAAGGACACCAAGCAGAUCUCUCUGGGCACAAGCAGGUGGCUCACAAAGGAGGAACUGGAAGUGCUGCUGGUUGAGACCAUCUCCUCUCAUGAUUACAAUCGCUUCAUCCAGCUGAUGGAGCGCCUGCUGUCCAUGCCCUACUGCGCCACAGAGGAGGACUUUGUCCUGCGGCACCGCCGGACACUGGAGUCCCUGUCCAGGAAGCAAAUGGUGCCGACGCUGGAGCGAGAUGAAAGGGGCGUGGCCUUCAGCACGGCAGACGGUCGGAGGAAGACGUCCACCUCCUCUGUGGUUCUUGGAGACUGCGGCUCCGGACGCAUCACCAUCAACAGCAAAGAUUACCUGCACUACUUCCCCGUACUACAAGACAGAGAGCAGCUGAUGUUCCCGCUUCAGUUCAUGGGCAUGCUGGGACGCUUCGACCUGGAGUGCACCGUGAGCGGCGGCGGGCGGUCCAGCCAGGCGGGGGCGCUGCGGCUCGCCGUGUCCCGGGCCCUGCUCAGCUUCCUGUCUGAGGGGGAGGUGGAGACCAUGAGACAAGCUGGUCUGCUGACCCCUGACCCCAGAGUGAGGGAGAGGAAGAAGCCGGGCCAGGAGGGAUCGCGAAAGAAAUUCACCUGGAAGAAGCGCUGAGGAAGCAGAUCGCCUCCCCUGAACUCGAACAUGAAACAUUCAGGCUGACGUCUGGUGUCAGUGUUUCCUAGAAGCCCCGUCACGUCAGGUUAUUUAAGGUGUUGGAAGAACACGCUCAAAGAGAGAACAGGCCGCCAUUCUUCAGUACGCAGCCCCGACUCAACAAGCUGCAGUGAGCCUCUUCAGCCACCAGAUGGAAGUGUGGGUCAAGGAACAAGAUGAAUAUGUUUGUCAAUAUAUUAAACAGUUUUUUUCAUAUAGAAGUACAUGUUUCCUUUGCUUGUGAUUACUUGAGUGUAACUUUUAGAUGUUUUCUUGUGUCAGCAUUUAACUUUGUUCAUGACUUUAGACUUAUAAUACAAGUGCAAAUGUUUGGCAUUUGUACUUGAUUUAUUUAAAUUGAAUUAUUAGUUAACGCUUAAAAUGAUCUAUUAGAUUUCUAAUCAGUUGAUUCAGUGAUGAACUUUUCCGUACCUGCAGGUUUGCAUCAUGUCAUAACCAGCUUCAGCCACCAGAUGUCGCCAGAUGCAGAUGUUGAGCAUGCGCGCUUCUGCGGCUCAUUAUGCUAAUAUAAGUAUCUGUUCAGAGCAAUUAGGUUAUUAAUGUAAUGGAUCUGAUGAAUGAGGAACAAUGCUCGGUGCACUGCAUCUGCUAGAAACAAAAAAAAAAAAAAACAUCUUGGAAGAAGGAUUGGAGAAUGUGUUAAACGGUGUAAGUUUACAGUGUAAGAUACAAAUCCUGCACAUGUCCUGUUAUAGA